AUGGAAACUCAUUUAGAACAUCUGAAGCUUACUCUAGCAACAUUGCAAAAACAUUCACUGUAUGCCAAAAUGAGUAAAUGUUCUUUUGGUCAAACUCAUAUUGAGUAUCUGGGUCACAUUAUUUCAUGCUUGACUGGAUAUUACAGAAAGUUUUUCGGGAAUUAUGGCCUUUUCUAUAAGCCAUUAACGGACUUACUCAAGAAAAACAGUUUUACUUGGAAUUCUGCAGCUCAAACUGCUUUUGAACACCUCAAGUCAGCUGUCACUACAACUCCUGUUUUAGCUUUACCCGAUUUCUCUAAGCCACUUGAAUUGGAAACAGAUGCUUGUGAUUCAGGUGUUGGUGCAGUCUUAAUGCAAGUAUGA